AUGGAAGACAGUAACCGAGGCCACAACAACAGCUCCAGCCUGCAGAGAUCUGCUCCUGACGGCACCGUCACCGGGCCCAUGCGCACCCGGUGGACGCCGAAGGCCGAGCAGAUCCUCAUACUGGAAUCCAUCUUCAACAGUGGCAUGGUAAACCCUACCAAGGACGAGACCGCGAGGAUCCGCAGGCUUCUCGAGCGGUUCGGCCCGGUGGGAGACGCCAACGUCUUCUACUGGUUCCAGAACCGGAGGUCGAGGUCCCGUCGCCGCCAGCGCCAGCUGCAGGCGAGCCUCGUGGCCGAUCCUAGAGCUGCAGGAGUCGCGCAGCAAGUAGGCGGUGGAGUUCAGUCUUCUUCUGCUGCUUCUUCUUCUUCUUCCUCCUCCGCCGCCAACGUCAUGUUGAUGGAUGAUAGCGCCCAAUAUCUCUUCUCGAUCUCUCGCCAGAUGGGACUCAUGGAGAACACUCAGUCUCCCGUCGUGCGCUCUUCUGAUGUCUCGCAGUUGCACAGUCAACCUGGAACCGUAAUUGUGUUCAUCGAUGGGGUGCUUAACGAGGUUCCAAGCGGACCUAUAGACCUGAGAGCUAUGUUUGGUCAAGAUGUGCUGCUUGUCCAUUCCUCUGGGGAGCUGCUGCCUGUCAAUGAGCAUGGAAUCCUUAUGCAGAGCUUGCAGAUGGGUGAGAGUUACUUCUUGGUCGCAAAGCCUACUUAG